AGCCGCCGCUUCAUGAAGUCAACGUUACCUCACGUCACCGUGUAGCGGUCAAACCUGUUCUCUCGGUGACGCUGCUGUUAUUCGACACACACACACACACACACACACACACAUUCUUCUUUCUUUUUUUGUCAUCGCUUCACUCGAAUUUGAUUCCCGUUAUUGGCAGGCGGAGCAAAGCGCUCAUUUCAAUGCUGCGUCGUGGCUGGCGCCUUCUCGCGCGCACGUUGGUGGCAGAUGCGUCACUGGUCGCGCUGCCGCCGACGGUGCGGCGCUGCGACGUGUUCCGUAGCGUGGUGUCGCUGGAGGAGGAGGAGCAGAUCUACGCCGAGCUCGGCCGCGUCCUGCAGCGCGAGGGGCAGACGGUGGUGUGGGAAGGCUCGACACCGCAGGACAAGGUUAUCAAGCACAUCUACCUCGAAAUGUUCGGCACGGAGAAGGAGUUCACCGAGGUGAAGAAUUGGCAGAAGAAGGAAGUCCGACGCCUGCCGGGGCUGCUGUGGUCACCGACGCUCCUGCGUGUGCUGGGCGAGGUGGCGCCGCCGUUGCUGGGUACAAUGCCAGACACGGCGCGCGUUGUUGAGCACGAAAUACCCGGCUAUGAAAUGCACGUAGAGCACCCCACAGUGGGCACCGCCUUCCUCUAUCUAAAUUUGCUGUGUGACACCGUGAUGGACUUCGACGAUGAAAGCACCGGGCGGUACGGGCAGGCCUUCUUACCGUCUCGCUCGCUCAUGUGUGUCUCUGGCGAGGCCCGGUGGGGCUUCCGCUUCGGCGAGCGUACGGAGGAGCUGCACACCUUCACCUCCCGCAGCGGCGCACGUCGUCGCGUCGAGACCGAUCUGCGGUUGAGCGUGCAGAUGUGGAAGCUGAGCCCAAAUCUGCUGGACUGCCGAGUGUUGCAGGAGCGACUGGAGGAGAGCAUCGCGAUGGCGGGACAGCGCCUCGCAGAGGAGACGGCAGAGCGUCGCGCAGCGGAGAAGGACCGCGCAGAAGCCAUUGAGGCCCUCACACCGCCCAACGUGCAAACGCCAACCCUCACCACCGGCAGCGCCGUUCAGCGUCCUGCGGAUUCGUUCCUCGCCGCGGCGCUGGCGAGCGCGUCGGGCACAGGGCUGCUCGGCGGCGACCUUGCUCACGCGCAAGGCAGUGGUGGUAGCACCGCUCUGGGGGACAGGAAGACGGGCAAGAAAUCGAUGAGCGACAUCCGUCAAGACUACGGACAAUACAAGCAGCAGUUCGCCAACGUGUACGGCAUUCUGCAGGACAUGAAGGUUAUGCAGGACUCUGGCCAGCCCAUCAACGACAUGUGGCUGAAGAAGAAAAUGACGGAGUCAUCACAGAUUGACCCCGAGAAGGACCGCGAGGACGGCUUCGACCCCGAGAACAUCGAAGGCACGUGGGACACCGUGGACGCUAAGGCUCGCUUCUACAAGGCGAAGCUGAAGACGAUGGACUACGACGGCACCGCCUUUUUAAACUCACGGAUGCCGGACAUCUCGAAAGACGCACCGCUGGACAUGCGUGCAACCAUUAGCAAGAUGGCUCCUCAUGUCAAGGACGGCGAAAAGAUCUUAGCCAGUCUGCCGAACACGAAGUAG